CUGUGGACCUUGCAAACGACAAUGGGAAUGCACCUGAAGAAUACCUGUGUUACUUGUGCAGAUAAAGUAGCAGAGGAAGUCAAUGCGUCUUCCACAAGAUUUAGAAAGGAUGCUUCUGACCACAGUGAUGUUAAAGCCCCCACUGCCGAACCAAAUAUAGAUAUCAACUCAGCUUCAGCUUUUCCAGAACCCAUACUGAAGGAUGCAGGUGCCCCAAUCCAGACCCGAAUGAAUGGGUCGAGCAAGAAAACAUCUGUGAAUGGUCUUUUGGAUCAAUCAAACACCAACUCUGGGUUAGAAUCUUCAGGAAAUGACAAUCCCAGCUGCACUAACUCGAGCAGUGCUGUGCUACCCACCAGUAAUGACUUAACUGAGCCUGCAGCCAGUGCUGUAGAUGUUGAUUCUGCUGAGAAUGGCACUGGAAUAAAUCCUGAAAAACCUGUUAAGGGAGCCUCGAGACAGAACGUUAGGCGAGGAGGACGAAAAAGGGUGGUGCGAGGCCCUAAAGGAAGAGGGAAGUAGAAGAAUUGCUAGACGAUAUUGUUGUACACUAAUAUUAUGCACUGCUUAAUUGCUUAGGUUGGUAGAGUGAGUUCUAACGCUGUCAUUGUCGUGUUGCAUUUUUUUUAACUGUGGCCUUCAUGUCCUGAUUUUUCUUUGGACAGUUUCGUGUCCUGGUUGCUUGAGCUGGCGAGUGGUAACUGUGUCUGAGAAAACAUUUUACCACGGACAUGAUUGAUGUGAACCCGAGACAGCAAAAAUGAG